AUGACGCCAUCGUCCCGCACCUCGGCGGGGCCCUCCGACAUCCGGCUGAACGCCGGCGGGGGCGGCGAUGGCGGCGGCGGCCGAGGCGCGGGGCGAUCGACGGCGGCUACCGCAGCCGCCAACCUCCGCGCCGGCAACGGCAACAGCAGCAACGGCGCAGCAGCAGCAGCAGCAGUAGCAGCAGCCGCCGCCGCGGCGGCUUCCGCCGGGGUCAGGGCGGGCGUGCCCAUUACGGCGGAGGCCGGGAACGAGGCCAUCGGGCACCUCCUCGGACUGGGAGCGCGCCUGGGAACGUUCUUUCCCUCGGCAGUGGGCCCCGGGCCGGUUCCCGGUUUGGAGCAGGUGCUGCAGGAGGCCUCGGACGCCGUCUCGACGGUGGAGCAGUACCCUCCGACGCCGGGGUACCGGUACGCCGGUUUAGCAGUCCCCGGGGCCACCGCCGGCGGGGGCGGUGCUGCCGGCUUAGGGGGGGGGGUCGGAGCUGCUGCUGCCGGCGGGGGUGCCGCCGCUAGGUUCUUGGCGACGCCGGGGCUGACGCCUAUCCCGACUGCGCGGACCCCCGGCGGCGGGUUCGGCGGCGAGGAAGACACGCCUUCCAUGUUUUUGACGGGUUUAUUGCACGGCGGGUCUCCGGCGGGGACGCCGCUUCCGCCGCCGCCGCCGCCGCCGCCGCCUGAUGUUGGCGACGGAGGCGGUGGGAUUUCGAGAAGAGAGACCCCCCGCGGCGGCGGUAACGGCGGCGAGGGCGACGACGAGGGCGACGGCCACGGGAGGGCGGCGGGGGUGCGCGCCACCAGGAUGGCGGCGGCGGGAUUGGCGCCCCCGACGACGGGGGGAGGGGGCGCCGGCGCCGGCGGCGGGAGCCGGGCGGCCAGAGCGGCGGGGGGAAGGAGGGUCGGGGGGAGGCUCUCCUUUACCUCGGCUGUUGGGACGGAUGAGGGGAGUAGCGGAGAAGGGUGUGGUCUCGGGACGACGGCGGCGGGCAGGGCUCACGCGUCUUCGACGAGAAACUCGAUGCGGCCGCCACCGCCUUCCGGGGUCUCCGCGGGCGGUAACGGCACCACCCCGGCCAGCGCCGCCCUCACCGGCCGAGGUUCUAGGUUGUCCACGGGGGCCACAGCAACAACGGCGACGGAAACAGCAGGGGCAGGGCCGACAAGAACGCGGAGUCCGCUUGCCGGCACGCCGAUGGAUGUUGACAGUCCCGGAGGCGGCGGCGACGGCGGUGCGCGAAGGAGAUCGAGGGAACCGAUCGAUGAGCCUACCGUUGGUCCUGCUGCGGCCACCCGCCGCGGUGGGCGCGCGCCGUUCGUGGAGACCACCCCGGUGGUGCCGCAGUCCAACCGCAGACCGACGACGCGGGCGUCGUCGAAGAGGACAAGCGGGGCCAGGAGGCAAACGGCGGCGGCUCAGAAGGCGGGGUCGACGACGGGCGGCGGCGUCAGCGGCGGCGGUGCUGGAGAUCCUUCAACACCAGCAGCCGCAGCCGUAGCAGCAGCAGCACAGCCACCACCGCCAGCGGAGGGAGAGCUGAGGCUGACGCGGGCCGAGUGGCAGUGCGUCCAGUACGAGGAGACGGUGUCGUACGCGGUGAGACACUCCGGCCAGCUCGCCCUGGCGGCGUCGGCGGGGGCGGCCGCCGAUUCACCCUCCACCGCCGCCGACAGCGAGAAACCCGGCGAGAGGGAGACCAUCAUGGCCGCCUUGGCGGUGGUGAAGGCCGCACACGCGACGAGCGUGGCCUUGGCAGCGCGAGGCGAAGCGGAGCAGGGGGACACUACGACCGGGUGGGCGACGAAGCUCCAAGGUUCGUGCCGAGACGGGGUAGGGUCUCCAAUACGUGGAGGCGGCGGUGGGGCGCGGAGAGAGGGCGUGGGAGGGUCCGGGGAAGGGGUGCGGGCGGUGGCGGCGCUGCUGCUGGUGUUAUCGAAGGCGUAUCAGCACCUGACGCAGUUCAGGUGUCCCGAGGCGCUGCAGGAGCUAGGACGAUUGCCCCCGCAGCAGUACUGCACCGGCUGGGUGUUGCAUCAGGUUGGGCGGGCGUAUUUCGAGAGGGCGGACUACGGGAACGCCAAGUCGGCGCUUGAGAGCAUGCAGCGCUACGAUCCUCACCGCAUGGAGGGGCUCGAUCUGCUGUCGACCACCCUUUGGCACCUCAAGCGAGACGUGGAGCUGUCGUACUUGGCGCAGAAAGUUAGCGAGUUCGAUCGCCGCUCGCCUCAGACGUGGUGCGUGGUCGGGAACUGCUUUUCCCUGCAGAAGGAGCACGAGACGGCGCUCAGGUUUUUCCAGAGGGCUAUCCAGCUGGACGCCGACAUGACCUACGCGUACACCCUGUGUGGGCACGAGUACGUGGCCAACGAGGACUUCGACAAGGCGGUGGCUUGCUUCCGGAUGGCUAUCCGCACCGACAGGCGGCACUACAACGCGUGGUAUGGGCUCGGGUCGAUCUACCACCGGCAGGAGAAGUACGACAUGGCGGAGUACCACUUCCGAAGGGCCCUCAAGAUCAACCCACAGUCCAGCGUGCUGCGAGUAUACCUGGGCAUGGUCCUGCACGCGAACAAGCGGUACCUCGAGGCGCUGGACAUGCUCGAGCUCGCCUCCAAGUCGGAGCCGAGAAACCCGCAGGCGUCCUUCCAACGAGCGAACGUGCUCAUGUCGAUGGAGCGGUACGCGGAGGCCCUCCGAGAGCUUGAGGUGGUGAGGGACAACGUGCCAAAGGAGAGUGCUGUCUACUUCCUCAUGGGCAAGGUGUGCAAAAAGCUCGGUCAAACAGACGCGGCGAUGAGGCACUUUACGAUCGCUCUUGACCUCCACAACAAGGACAAGAACCUCAUCAAGGCUGCCGUCGAUAGGCUCAACGACCCGGAUAUGGACGAAGAGGAAAAGUUCUAGCCUGCCACCCAGACGCCUUGGCUGAACCACGGCGACAGGUGUAUGCGUGGUGCAUGCAUUUUUUCGGGUUGGCCGACCACGACCGAGGGCUCUGCUUGUUGUCGCUUCGUCUGAUGCUUCCUGGAACGGCGUAUGCUUUAACUCUCACCACGUUGCACUACUGUGCAGGGUUCUUCGUUCUCCCUGGGAUUUUACUCCUCUGUGCACUAGUUUGAACGGCCUGUGUCGCUCCCAUCUCAGGCUUACCGGAAACGAUCGGCGUAUGAUGUAGCCGACAGCACGUCAGCACCUGUGAUGAUUUUUCGUCCUCCGGUUGGAUUUUACUCCUCUGUGUGUAGUUGACCGGAUUUUUGCUACUAGCAGGGGGGGCUGUUAUGUGCAAUACCGGUAGUAUUUUGAGAAUUCGCGGCCUCGCGCACAACUUGGACUUUUUCCUGGGUGUGGAGAAAAGGGGCCAAAUUGUCAAGUCUCCCAUCAAGAAUCGAUCCUUUGUUCGAGCACCGUUGUCCCGUCGUGCAUGAGAGGACGU